GAAGGUGACCGUUGCAUGAUUGCAGAUGCUAUUCACAUUAAUGCUCAGAGGCAGCAACAAUGCGUUCUCUAUUUUAUAGCAACUGGCGACUCGAGCACAAGCACUUCUUACCCUGCAAGCACCCUCAACCAAACCCAGACAUCUGACCCUGCAAGCACCCUCAACCAAACCCAGACAUCUGACCCUGCAAGCACCCUCAACCAAACCCAGACAUCUGACCCUGCAAGCACCCUCAACCAAACCCAGACAUCUGACCCUGCAAGCACCCUCAACCAAACCCAGACAUCUGACCCUGCAAGCACCCUCAACCAAACCCAGACAUCUGACCCUGCAAGCACCCUCAACCAAACCCAGACAUCUGACCCUGCAAGCACCCUCAACCAAACCCAGACAUCUGACCCUGCAAGCACCCUCAACCAAACCCAGACAUCUGACCCUGCAAGCACCCUCAACCAAACCCAGACAUCUGACCCUGCAAGCACCCUCAACCAAACCCAGACAUCUGACCCUGCAAGCACCCUCAACCAAACCCAGACAUCUGACCCUGCAAGCACCCUCAACCAAACCCAGACAUCUGACCCUGCAAGCACCCUCAACCAAACCCAGACAUCUGACCCUGCAAGCACCCUCAACCAAACCCAGACAUCUGACCCUGCAAGCACCCUCAACCAAACCCAGACAUCUGACCCUGCAAGCACCCUCAACCAAACCCAAGCCUUUCCUACAAACACCUCCACCUCUCAAACCCAGGCUUUGCCUACAAACAACUCGACCUCUCCAUCUUUGCCUACAAGCACUCCACCCAUCCACAACCAAACCUCACCUGCAAGCACCCUGACUUCCACUACAGCUAUCCCCACAGGCAGCCAGACUAAACCAACACCGCCAAAGUGUACAUACACGGUCACGCCUGUCAUCUAUGGCUUUCAGAUUGACUUAAAGGCCUCAACCUCCGACACAUACAACAUAUCGUACCAGGAUGAAUCAGGAAAACACAUUACUGUUGAGCAUCAAACGGUGAACUCCACUAUUGUGGUAUCAUUGAAGCCUUGCAGGAAAUACACUUUUACAAAGAUUCAGCCUGAAUGUGAACUCCAAGGAAAUAGCACUCUGAGGACUGAGAAAAUGGAUGACCUAGAGUUUUUCACCAACACGAAGCCGGGAUAUUUGUGUUAUGUGACGAAAUGGGAUAUCAGUGAUGCUGAAUGGAACAGUCCUGUUAUCAUCUGGGACAAAAACAACUGUUUUCAGCUUUUAGAUGAACAUUUCUGCACAAACUUCACAACCAAUGUAGCUGUGCCUGGAGAUUGCAGUGUCAACAUCAGCAAAACUAUACCAAUAACAGCAGAGUAUUCUACAGUCAAACAUUCUCCCAAUCUGGAAUUCAAAAACGUACUCCCUGUUGAAAUAGUAUGGAAAAACAAGCCAAAAAACUGUAGCCCUAAAGAUCUGGACAUUCAUUACACCUGUGAAGGAAACAACGGGUCUAUCAACUUGGAUGAUUUGGAACCCUUUCAGAAAUACAGCUGUAGUGGAAAGAUUACUCACAACAGUAAAGUCAUCAAUACCAAGUCCAUUGACGUUGAAAUCAAGUGUAAAGUGGACAUUACCAAAACGUCUACAAACACAAACACCUCCAUAAGCCUUAAAUGGACCAAUGACAGCAUUAACUGCCCCAAAAAUACUCAGCUAUUUCACUCCUGCGUUUCCUGUAGAAUUGAGACUGAAGUUAAAGAUUGUUACACCACGGAUGAAUUACAUUAUGAUUUUAAUAAAUUGCAGCCGUUCACAAAUUAUAUCUGUUCAAUUGAUCUGCGGUACAAAGACAUGAGCUACGAUACAUUCCCAAAAGUGUCUGAGACAAUCCUAACUGCACCUGGAGUACCUGAUGAGGUGGGGAAAAAACCGAGUUUGACUUAUACUCAGAACAAUGCUUUUACCAUUACAUGUGAGGAAUUAAAGCCAGUUCAGUGGAAGGGAAAAGAGAAGUUGUACAUUGCAACGAUCACUGGGUCUGAGACAAAACAACAAAAACAUAAAAAAUGCAAUUUUACAUUUGCGGACCUCAGCUAUUUAACAGACUACACAGUUCAGAUCGUUGCAUUCAAUGGGAAAUACAAGAGUAAACCAAUAGAAACACAAAUUACUACUCGCUACAAUGACAAAGCUGUGACUGGGUUCCUUGUGUUCCUCAUCAUCCUGACGUCUCUGGCUCUCCUCAUCUUUCUCUACAAGAUCUACAACCUGCAGCGCAAGACGUCCAACACAACAUCUGAGACAGACAACUGUCAUGUUCAUUAUUGGAACAGUUCCCUUGCCUCGAGGAUUCAGAGGGGUAAAAACUGAUGCUUGGUACACCCUUAGAUGAUGCCACUUCUACUGGUUUCCUUGAGGAACGCCUCAGGAACCUGAGAAAGAGGCGUCGGAGACCAGGACGGCUCAACUCUACAUCUGCAGCCGCUGAAGAUAUAACAGACAAAGCAGGAAUCCUGUAUUGCCAAUGAUAUUAGGCCACAUUUUAGUUUGAUGGUUUCCUAGAUGGUCUACUGUAUUUCAGACAUCAGAUGCAACUUUGUUGAUAUACACAACUCACUAUAUUUAGGGAAAGAGGGAUUUCCCAGGUGAAAUCUUGAUAUGACAUACUUUUUGCCAGUGGCGACCCGUCAUUCAGGGCAGGUGGAGCAGAGUCCCACCUGUUUUGAGUCACACAUUUCUAGCUAAAACACAUAACAUACAUAUUCGUUUUUUUUUUUGGGGGGGGGGGGGGGGGGGCCUGUUUUGCAUGUUAUUUUGCCAUUAAUAUGUGUCACAUUUCAGUUCGCAAACAAUGUAAAAAAAUAAUUGAAUUAAUAAAGCCG